CCUCCGAAAGCGCAAAGACUACAUUGAACGAUGAACAAAGAGCAGCCGUUAUUACGCAUAAAUACCAAAACCCACAUGCUAGAAAUAUCGAUCUUGUCAAUUGGAUAAGAGCCACAUACCAAUUAGAUGUACAUCCAAGUACAGUUUCUCGUUUACUAAAAAGAAAAGAGAGUAUUAUUAGUAAUCCUUCAGCAAAAAGACAUAGAACGGUUCAGCAUCCAAACUUAGAAAAUGCGCUAUACGAAUGGGUUAUACAAAUGCAGACCAAAGUAAUAUUAACUGAUGCGAUCUUGGUGCAAAAAGCCAAAGACUUUUCACAAUUGUUGAAUAUUCCCGAUGACGAUUUCAAGUUUUCUUGUGGUUGGUUGUCCAGGUUUAAAAAGAGACAUGGACUUAAGCAAAUCAAAAAACACGGAGAGGCUGCAUCAGCAGAUACUGUUGCGAUUCUUAAAACUAUCCCUGAGUUAAAGGAGAUACUGAAAAGUUAUGAUUUAAAAGAUAUAUUCAAUAUGGAUGAGACGGGCUUGUUUUACCGAUAUUACAUUGACAAUUAUCUCGAUUAUCCGGAAGAAACUAUUACAGAAGUGGAGCUUACAGAUCAGGAGAUCAUAGACUUAGUCACACAUGAAGUUAAAGGCGUGGAAAAUGUAGUAGAAGACAUAUAUUUGGAAAAUGCAGAAGAUGAUAGUGUAGAAAGGCGAAGGAUUACCCAUAAGGAGGCACUUAAUUGUCUAGAAACGCUUGCAUUAUAUCUUGUACAGCAAGAUAUUGACGAUGUUGUCAGGUUAGAACAUGAUCGUGAAUUAGUACGAUUAAGUGUAAAACGACUUGAGGAUGCUUCUCGGAAGCAAACAAAUAUUACGAGUUUUCUACAAUAA